AGAGUGCGCUUCACACCUCCAAGAAUUCCUUUUUCAUCUCGGUUCCGUUCGCACUGACCAUAAUGGCUACUUUGUUUCCCAGAAUGUUUGAUUGUUGCUGACCUUGAUUUGCUGGUUCGAGGUGGUUUAUAAGAUAUAACUAGCUUAUAGUUAUAAAGAAUGAUGGGGGUGGCUUGAAGUCAGGUACUAUUGGGGCAUUGCUAUUAUGUCCGUGAAGUCAGGCUCCUUAUCAAGCACAGAUUCAUCACCAGAAGAAAACACUUUAUAUUUAACACCUUCUUUCAUUCGUGAUAGAGAUGAAAAAGGAUGGAAAGCAUAUUUUUCAAAUUCAGAAUUAAUGAGCGCAUCCACAUUGUUCAGCCACAUGAAUAACACAGAAGAUUCCUCUCACAACCCAGUCAGUUUCCUGUAUGACUACUACGGCAUGACUGAAGAAACAAGACAAGAUCCACCAUCGCCUAUACUAUCAUCUACAAGCAAUGAAGAUAAAGAUUACAUUCAAAGUGAUAGUAUUGAUAUUCCCAAUCAGGAGAGCAAUGAGAGUCCAGUUAUGGAAAUGAGACACAGUUUUCCUGAAAGUGGAAAAACGUCAUUUUCAUUUUUUAUUGGUCAAGCAAAUGAGGCAACAAAUCUGGCGAAAAGACCUCACUCAGCGUCCAUUCCAUUGGUUAACAGAGGUGAUAAAUUACUUUCUUGUCAAUCAUGCAAUACAUCGACUUACGAAUCACAGAGAGACCAAAAGAGCUCUGUGUUUACACCUUUUCAACGCCCAGUUUUUGACAACGAAAAGUACGUGUUUAUACUGGAAGCACAAACAUCUGUUGUACAAAAGAAGGGAGAAGACUCACUUACAUAUGUCAAUAAAGGUCAAUUUUAUUUUUUAAGUUUUGAAGGAAAACCUUAUAACAAAUUACAGAAAGUAAAGUCGAUUAUGCACUUGGUGUUUGGCCAUCAGAAGGAUCCCAGUACAGAACUGGCACACUGGAGGUAUUGGUAUAACCAACAGCCUAAUCCCAAUCAAAGAGCUUUCGAUAUCGACGUAAAAGCCUGUCAAAGUGUUGAUGAAAGAAUUGAAGAAGUUGGCUGCAACGCUCUUGCUUUCACAUGGAAUCCAAAUGUCAGAGCAAAGGUGUCGUUUCGUAUAAAUUGCUUAAGUACAGAUUUUUCUGCACAAAAAGGCGUAAAGGGCAUUCCCUUACACCUUCAAGUCGACACAUAUGAAGACUUAGAUAGGAACGCUGAUCCCGUCCAUCGAGGCUUUUGUCAGAUUAAAGUAUUUCGGGAUAAGGGAGCAGAAAGAAAAAACAAGGAUGAAUCUAAAUUAGUUGGAAAAAGAAUGGAAAAACAAAUGAAAAACUCAGAGAAUGGGCAAGAUGGGAACACAACAUUUCAAAUGGCUAACAAAGUCACUGUGCUUUACUCAACACCUCCCAUGGACGCUAAACCUGUUAUAUUUGUGCCCAGUAAAGAAAAACAGAAGUCAAAUGAAAGCUCUUCAGCCUCUUCUUCACCAGGCUCCACGAACUUGUUAGUUCAAAUGAAGGAAAGAGAAAACAAGCGAGGAUUUAACACAGCUUUGUCCAAUGCAAAGGAAGAUUUGGAACAUUUAGAUGUCUAUCCGAAAUAUAAAACAGCUAGAGUACUACAAAGAAUAGAACCAGCUGUGACGAUAUACGUAAGGAAGGAGGAAGAAAAAGCUUAUAAUGCUCUUAUGUUAGAUAAUCUAACUUUAGAAGAACUUAAGGAGUCGGUAUCUACAAAAUAUGGCUUACCAGUUGAUAUGAUAAAACAUGUUUUUAAAAAAACGAAAAAAGGUAUAUUAGUCAACAUGGACGAUCAACUAAUCGAACGGUUUGCUGACGAAGACGAUUAUAUCAUCUCGAUCAAUUUCGAUAAUCAGCUUGGCCAUUUUGAAGUUAUAUUUUCUUGCUGACGUGGGCAAAUUAUGUUUUGGCGUAGAGUGUUGAAGAAAAAUGAAAAUAUAUAAAUAGUCAACAGUGGGUUAUAAUUAAUGUUUCUUUGAGUGGUGUUAAUAGGUAGUUAUCUUGGGAAAGAAAAUUGUAAAAUUAUACGAUAUUAGUAAAAAAAUGAUAAUAGUUUCAUUGCUACCAUUCGAAUGCUUAAUAUAUUUACGAGUGUCUUGUGUGUGCCGCAGAUUUUUCUUAGUGUUUUUUUUUCUCAUUUUUUUUCCGUUUUUUUUCAUUCACACUGAAACUGGAUCAAAUUACUCACAAAAAUAUUUUAAACUAUACAUUUUUUGUGUUCGACAUAUGUACUAUAUGAUUGAAUACGUUUAUCCCAUUGGCGUAUAUUUUGACGAUGAUUCGUUUAUUUUUGUAUAGCUUGUUUCAACAACAGUUUUUACUGAGUUUUUUUAAUGCACGAUACAGUUUUUUGUGUCAUCGUCAAAUGUUUUUACAUAUAUUAGUAAUAUUCACGAAUGACAAAUAUGAUAUAUUUUUAACCGUUUUUUAUGUAUGUUUAACAUAUUACUUAAGGAAUUUGAUGUGGUUUAUUAAUUGCUUAUCA